AUGCACCCCUACAAAACCACGGAAAUCCAUAAUUUUUCACAACACAGAGGAAGAGCACACAGACACAGACAAGCAGUAGACCACGCGCCCACAGCCUCAGCCUCAGGUCUCCCUUCGCGCACCGCAGCCACCACCAAGUGCAACCAAUCCCCCGACAAAACCCCAUCCACUCCUUUAUCAGCGUUUCCCUCCCUUUCCUCCGCUCCCCUCCAUCCAUCCUCAGCCGCCUCUUCGCCGGCCGGCCAGCCAGCCAUGGCAAAUGCUUCCCUCCAGUCCUUCCUCCCCCAGCACCACCAUUCUUUCCUCAGCAGCGCCACCCACGACGGCUCCCCUCCCGCGCUCCUCAAGCUCACCACCACCACCGCCAGCAACAGCAUUUCAUUCAAGCUCUUCGCCAGCGGCUCCUCCUCGGUGACCACAACCGCCAACUCGCCGGCCCCGACUCCGGCGGCGACAACCUCGCCGCCCACCCCCUCGCUGGAGCUCCUGGGCCAGCAGCUGGCGGCGGGGGACUACCGGCAGGCCGACGAGACCACCCGGGCCCUCCUCAUCGUCCUCGCCGGCGAGGCCGCGCGCCGCCGAGGGUACGUCUUCUUCUCGGAGGUCCAGUUCAUCUCCGUGGAGGACCUGCGCGCCGUGGACGCGCUCUGGCUGGAGCACAGCGGCGGCAGGUUCGGGUACAGCGUGCAGCGCCGGGUUUGGGAGAAAUCGCUGCGCGAGUUCACCCGCUUCUUCAUCAGGAUCGGGUGGAUGAAGAAGCUGGACACCGAGGUGGAGCAGUUCAACUACAGGGCCUUCCCGGACGAGUUCAUCUGGGAGCUCACCGACGACACGCCGGAGGGCCACCUGCCCCUCACCAACGCCCUCAGGGGCACGCGACUCCUGGAGAACAUCUUCACCCACCCCGCCUUCGACUGCGAGGAAGAGGAGGCAGCUGCAGCAGAUGAGGAGGCUGGCACGGGCAGUGCCACUGGUCAGAAUAACAAGGACGACAAGAAAAGCAGGGGGAGGUCAAAGAGUUUGACAGAUUUCAAGCCCGACUACUCCUUUUAA